AUGACCAUCGACUACAUCUUAUUACAUAUCUAUCUAGAAACUCAAAAACAACAAAAGGGUGUCUUAGUUGCCAAGAAGGAUUUUGGUGCCAAGACUCACCCAAAUGUUGAGGGUGUUACCAAUCUUGAGGUCCUCGCCUGCAUGAAGUCACUCAAAUCCCGUGCUCAUGUCACCGAGAUCUUCAACUGGCAAUACUACUAUUUCACCCUCACUGACCAAGGUAUCCAAUACCUCCGUCAAUUCCUCCAACUUCCAGAGUCCGUCGUCCCAUCUACUCUCCGUAAACCAGCUUCACGUCCAGUUGAGCGUAGAGAGAGAUCUGAUAGACACGAAGAUGGUAAGCGUAUGGGUCCAAGCGGUGAAUUCACCCCAGGUUUCCGUGGAGGAGAUCGUCCACGUCGUGGUGGAAUGGGAUCCAGUGGAUACAGAAGACGUGAAGAGGGUUCUGCUCCACGUCCAACUCAAUCAAACUAA